AAGCCUGCAGUCAAAGCAGCUCGGUCCACAGGCUGCACAGAACUGAGCAAAUGCAUCUCCAGCUGCCCAACUUCUCUCUCUGGCUUUUCAUCCUCUCGGUCAAUCAAAGGCACUGAGGACUGGGGGGGGUGAGGAUGCGAGAUGAGAGCCCUUUUUUGCAACCUGACCUUCUCUGGGAUUAAAGCCAGGGUGCUUCCCUGCCUUGCAGUGGGUUUGACUACACGCUGAAAAAGAGAAGCCCUUGCGUGUGGCUGCUGUUUUGGUGGAGGUGCAUUAUUAUUCUUAUUUUUUUUUAAUCCUCUCUGAAGAUCUGGCUGCAGGAGACUUCUGCCCCCACCCCCUGACCCACCUUGUAGCCUGGGCAAGCGGUUCUGCCAGGGUUCCUCUCUAUUGCUGCAGCCCCCUGGUCGGUGCCAAUGAAGGGAAAUCUUUUUGCCAAGGGAGAGAAGGGCUUUCUGUCUUUGCUGCAAAGUGAACCAGACCAGCUUGAAAAGCUGCGAAACUGACUCCCUGGGAUCCAAUAGAGCAGAUCAAGCAGGGGGAUUUAAAUACCCAGAGGAAAGAGACAGAGGAGAGAGAGAGAGAGAGAGAAAGAAAAGACCGUGGGAUCUUGUAGAUCUUUCAAAAGAUGUCAUCUCAAACUAAGUUCAAGAAAGACAAAGAGAUCAUAGCAGAAUAUGAAACUCAAGUAAAAGAAAUCCGUACUCAGCUGGUGGAACAGUUCAAAUGUCUGGAACAGCAGUCCGAGUCCCGGCUCCAGCUCCUGCAGGACCUCCAGGAGUUCUUCCGCAGGAAAGCUGAGAUCGAACUGGAGUACUCCAGGAGUCUGGAGAAACUAGCGGAACGGUUUUCAUCCAAGAUUCGCAGCUCCAGAGAGCACCAGUUCAAGAAAGAUCAGCAUCUCCUUUCGCCCAUGAACUGCUGGUACCUGGUUCUGACCCAGACUCGGCGGGAGAGCAGAGAUCAUGCUACCCUGAAUGACAUCUUCAUGAACAAUGUCAUUGUCCGACUCUCGCAGAUCAGUGAGGAUGUCAUCAGGCUCUUUAAAAAGAGUAAGGAAAUUGGCUUACAGAUGCAUGAAGAACUCUUGAAGGUCACCAAUGAACUCUACACAGUGAUGAAAACCUAUCACAUGUACCAUGCAGAGAGCAUCAGCGCUGAGAGCAAGCUGAAGGAAGCAGAGAAGCAGGAGGAGAAGCAGUUCAACAAGUCAGGGGACAUCAGCGUGAACCUGCUGAGGCACGAGGAUAGGCCUCAGCGCCGGAGCUCUGUCAAGAAGAUUGAGAAGAUGAAGGAAAAGAGGCAAGCCAAAUAUUCUGAAAACAAGCUGAAGUGCACUAAAGCUAGGAACGACUACCUGCUGAACCUGGCAGCCACAAAUGCAGCCGUCAGCAAAUACUACAUCCACGACGUGUCUGACCUCAUUGAUUGCUGUGAUCUGGGAUUCCAUGCCAGCCUCGCUCGGACAUUCAGAACGUACCUGUCUGCUGAAUAUAACCUAGAAACCUCGCGGCAUGAGGGUUUGGACAUCAUUGAGAAUGCAGUGGAUAACCUGGAUGCACGGAGUGACAAGCAUGCGAUCAUGGACAUGUGCAACCAGGUCUUCUGCCCUCCUCUGAAGUUUGAAUUCCAGCCUCACAUGGGGGAUGAGGUGUGUCAGGUCAGUGCCCAACAGCCUGUGCAGACCGAGCUGCUUAUGCGGUACCACCAGCUGCAGUCUAGACUUACCACGCUCAAGAUAGAGAAUGAAGAGGUACGGAAAACCCUGGAUGCCACUCUGCAGACUUUGCAGGACAUGCUGACGGUGGAAGAUUUUGAUGUUUCAGAUGCCUUCCAGCAUAGCCGCUCCACUGAGUCGGUCAAAUCGGCUGCUUCCGAGACCUACAUGAGUAAAAUAAACAUUGCCAAGAGGAGAGCCAACCAACAGGAAACUGAAAUGUUCUAUUUUACAAAAUUUAAAGAGUAUCUGAAUGGCAGUAACCUUAUCACCAAGCUCCAGGCCAAACAUGACUUGCUGAAGCAAACUCUUGGAGAAGGUGAAAGAGCUGAAUGUGGAACCACCAGGCCCCCAUGUCUUCCCCCUAAACCACAGAAAAUGAGGAGACCUAGGCCUCUCUCAGUCUAUAAUCAUAAACUCUUUAACGGCAAUAUGGAAACAUUCAUUAAGGAUUCAGGGCAGGCAAUCCCACUCGUAGUGGAAAGCUGCAUCCGAUACAUCAAUUUGUACGGUCUUCAACAGCAGGGUAUUUUUAGAGUUCCUGGAUCUCAGGUUGAAGUCAAUGACAUCAAAAAUUCAUUUGAAAGAGGUGAAGACCCCCUUGCUGAUGAUCAAAAUGAACGAGACAUCAAUUCAGUUGCUGGGGUCUUAAAGCUAUAUUUCCGAGGACUGGAAAACCCCCUCUUUCCUAAGGAAAGGUUUCAAGACUUGAUAUCUACUAUAAAAAUCGAGAACCCUGCCGAAAGAGUUCACCAGAUCCAGCAAAUCAUCAUAACCCUGUCCCGAGCUGUCAUUGUCGUCAUGAGAUAUCUCUUUGCUUUCCUCAAUCACUUGUCACAGUACAGCGAUGAGAACAUGAUGGAUCCCUACAACCUGGCCAUCUGCUUUGGACCAACUUUGAUGCAUAUUCCAGAUGGGCAGGAUCCAGUCUCCUGCCAGGCUCAUGUCAACGAGGUUAUAAAAACCAUCAUCGUCAAUCAUGAGGGCAUCUUCCCCAGCCAUAGGGAGCUGGAGGGACCUGUUUAUGAGAAAUGCAUGACUGGUGGAGAAGAGUACUGUGACAGCCCCCACAGUGAGCCAGGCACCAUCGACGAAGCAGACCAUGACAACGGCACGGAGCCACACACCAGUGACGAUGAAGUUGAACAGAUUGAAGCAAUAGCAAAGUUUGACUACAUUGGACGGUCCCCACGAGAACUCUCCUUCAAAAAGGGAGCCUCACUCCUCUUGUAUCAUCGUGCAUCAGAGGACUGGUGGGAAGGGCGCCAUAAUGGUGUGGAUGGUCUCAUACCUCAUCAGUACAUAGUGGUCCAGGACAUGGAUGAUGCAUUCUCCGACAGUUUGAGUCAGAAGGCAGACAGCGAGGCAAGCAGUGGACCCCUGCUGGAUGAUAAAGCCUCAUCAAAGAAUGACAUCCAGUCUCCAACAGAUCAUAUUCCAGACUAUGGAUUUGGGGGAGUAAUGGGCCGGGUAAGGUUGAGAUCUGAUGGAGCAGCGAUUCCCCGGCGUCGGAGUGGAGGUGACACCCAUAGCCCACCAAGAGGAAUGGGUCCAGGGAUUGACACCCCUCCUCGAGCAGCAGCCUGUCCAAGCAGUCCCCACAAAAUACCACUCAACAGAGGCAGGAUUGAGAGUCCCGAGAAGCGCAGAAUGGCAACAUUUGGCAGUGCAGGCAGCAUCAAUUAUCCAGACAGGAAGGCCUUGUCUGAUGGUCAUCCACUGAGAUCAACCUGUGGCUCUACACGGCACAGCAGCCUUGGAGAUCAGAAAUCUCUGGAAGCAGAGGCACUUGCAGAGGACAUUGAGAAAACCAUGAGCACUGCACUGAAUGAGCUGCGUGAGCUGGAGAGACAAAACACUGUGAAGCAGGCCCCGGAUGUCGUCCUCGACACCCUGGAGCCAAUGAAGAAUCCUCCAAUGGGCUCUGUCAAUUCGGAGCCUGCCAGUCCGCUUCACACCAUCAUGAUCCGAGACCCCGACGCUGCCAUGAGACGCAGCAGUAGCUCCACCACCGAAAUGAUGACUACGUUCAAGCCCGCCCUCUCAGCCCGGCUUGCAGGCGCUCAGCUGAGGCCUCCGCCCAUGAGACCCGUCAGGCCAGUGGUUCAACACCGAUCGAGCAGCAGUAGCAGUUCAGGAAUGGGCAGCCCCGCGGUGACACCGACGGAGAAGAUUUUCCCCAAUAGCUCCUCGGAUAAAUCAGGUACCAUGUAGCUCCACACCAAGGGGAUGCUGGUUAUGGGGAGAAAGUCAUCAUCUGGAUUUUCAAAGGGGAAACCACAACUCUCCGAAUAGUCCCAUUUGUUGAAAUGGAAAGGGAGAAGAAAAAAUAUGCUCCGAGGAGAACUGUUCAGAAGAGAAACCUGUGUGUGUACCGAGACCUGAUGAUUUCAUUAUAUAUACACGUCCAUGCAGAAACAUUUACAAAGAUUGCAGUGAACCUGGACAGCAGGAUAAGAUGGCUGUUCUGCCUACUGUCACUGGAGAGUACGUGAUCCUAUGUAGAAGCCUAUACAAAGUGUAAAAAGUUCAAUAACUCUUUCUUUUUUUAGUAGCGUUACCUCAGAAACUUGCUCUGAAACUUCUCUAGCGGUGUUCGGUUGGUUUUAUUUUUUUGAGGCUAUUUGUGUGUGUGUGUCUGUGGGUGUGUGUGCGCGCGCGCGCGUGUGCGUGGAGGUAUAUAGCAACUGUGCAUCAAGCAAUACGAGAUCAAGCCUGGAAUUUAUAUUCUGCAGCUGUUGAUAUAAAACAAAACGGAGGACAUGUUGGUUUUGUUCAACUGUUGGCCUACAAACAAGAGCUUGGAAUAUAGCGGAUGAUAGUUUUCAUCGGGCUGGGUGGAAUUUGUUCCAAAUUCACUCCUAAGAUGCCUUCAUUUGAACGGUGUGGCUAUUGGGCAGUCACCAAGGCAUACAUUAUGUGGAGAUGAACAAAUCACAGAUUGUAUUCCUUCACUUUUGUAUGUAGGGGAAGACAGAGUAUAAAUACCUACGCCGUGAUAUAGCACAGUGGUGCGUGUACAAAUGGAAAACCACAAAACUUGGAUUGUCACGAAGACUCAGAAUGGACAAGGACUAAUAAGAAACCUGUGGUAGAACAUAAAUAAGGGUUAACUUAUACGGUUUUGAAAUACUUCAUUUCCCUUUCCCACACAUUUUUUAAAACUAAUAUCUUGAAAAAUUGGGACUAAACAGGCAAGGAGGCAUUGAUAAGAUAACAUUCCUUUAUUUAUAGUUGCACAGCAGUACAUGAGGGUCUUGAUUCAGAUUGUGUCUUCUUGCAUGAAAAGCAUGAGCCAUAUUUGACCAUAUCAGUCGCGUAACCGACCUGAUGGGGCGCUAUUUUUGCACUUUCUGUACUGUACUAUAGAAUACAGCCGUUUGAGUUUACGCAAAAGAAAUUACGUUUUGUUUUUCCUCUGAGCAUUUAACCUAGAAAAAAAAUAUGCAGAAAGAACUGGGAAUUGCAUGAUACUUUGUCUGAUAGUUAAAUACUUCUCUAAUCACUGAAUACAAGACACUCUGGUUUUUUUUUUCCCCUUUAUAAUUUUUGUUUUGCAUCUUGACCAGGUUUUCAUAGAGUUGACCUGCGGUUUAAUUUAGGUUACUUCCACAUGGUCAUAUGUGAUCUGAGUGUGAAACAGAUCUUGACAAGUCUCACUCCAUCUCCACCCAGAUGCAGUGCCAAUGGUCUCAACUGUUCCUUCCCUUUUUUGUCCCCUUGAUGUCCCUGACUUCUGCUGCAAUGGCUGUUUUUCAGCAGAAGAAGUCGGCAUGCCUUUCUGCCCCAAGGGGAGUUGGGAUUAACAUUCAGCUUCUUUCAGUAUUACAUGACUUUUUUUUUUUUUAAUUUGGCCUUUCUGUCUGACACCUCAGAACCACCACAGAAAGCAGAAAUCUUCCAAUUUCCAAGAGAAAAAUCCAAUGUUUCUAUCACAGAAGGUCAAGAUGGAAAAGACUAACAGGUUGAUGUAGAAAAUGGUUGCACUUCUCAUCUGGGAAUCCCAUCCAUAUCUCAUCCAUGUGCAUACGACACACUGGGAAGCCCUAUGUUUGUGUGCAGUAAAAGUUUACAUUUACUUAACUGGAUACAGAUGGAUCUUAAUCGAAACCCAGUGGAACUGAUUAGCUGUUCUUUCUUUUUCUGUGUCCAAUGCACAAGCAUGUUUCACUUCCACAUAGCCUCUUCUCUUAACUGUCUCUUGCCUGUUCUAGUCUAUUAUAUAUUGCUGUACUUGCUUAAAUGCUGGAAAGUAACUGUUAAAAUGUAAACUGUACAAAAAUAGGCUAAUAUUAGAUGAAAGCCAAUGCCACUCACCAAAUCUUUGCACUUAGUAGAUAGCUCAAUGUAAAAAAUAAUAAAAUAAAAAACACAAACCUAACCUUUCGGUGUACAGUGUGGGGAAAAAGUACUGUAUGUAGUGAUUCUAUUAUUGUUCCUCAAUAUAAUAUUAUAAGAGGAAAAUGGUGUUUACGUACUCGUCUAUUAACAUUGUUGAUAUUUGUAAUUACCACAAUUAGUUCAUAUGGACGUUUAUUUUUCUUCAUGCUUUUUUCCUCCCCCCUUUCCUAAACUUAGACCAACCCUGAGGUCCAUGCCUUUGUCAUUUUGGGCAGCAGAUGUUCAAACAGUCUGUCAGUCUGUUCUAGUAAUGAACCAGCAAAUGUGCUUUUAGGGAGAGGGAAAAAUCCCAUUUGGCAUGAUUAUUGUGUAUUCAUUGCCAGUAAUUGUUUCCACUUAGUUCCUGGAGAACACUCACUUUGCCAGUCUUCUUUUUUCUUUUUUUAAAUACUUCCAACAAUCACUUGAUAGCAAAACAAUGCUUGUUUUCCCCCACCCUUACUUUUAAAGAUCUGGUACAAACUCCAGUGUUUUUUCUAUUAAAUUAUUGCCUUUAUUUUUGCUCUUUUUUCAUACUAUUGAUUUUUUUUUUUAAUCUUUAAGUGCCUUUUGAGCACCAGAACAAAUGCUUGGAGUUAAUGUACUUGGAGCUGUACACAUCAUGAUUUCUUUUGUACAGUUAUGUUCUGCUGCGGGUGUAUUGCUUUUUAAGUCCUUUUUUUGUAAGAAAACAAACAAAAAUGAGACAUUUUGUUAAGAAAAACGACCCUUUUUUAAUAAGGCAUUCAAAUUGCAGUUUGGGGUGACUACUGUACAUUUUUUAAAAUGUAUUUUUCUGUAGUUUAACUCAGCACAAAAUUAAAACGCUUGUGUUGUAGAAACAUCGUAACUGAAUUCUGCUCAUAUACUUUAUGAUGAUAAUCAUUUAUACCUCUCUGUAUGCUUUAAGACUGCAGCCCUCAGGGCAUUCACAGUGCUGUUGACUCACAUGGUGAAAUUUUACGGUCUACAAAAUUGGCUGAAGAAAAAGCUGGUAAUGCCCAUCCGGAAGGGUCAUCUUCACGUAAAAACCUUUCCAAGCAAGGAAAUUUAAUUCCUCCUUUUACCAUCUGGAGAGAUCAACAGAGGGCCCAAGUCUGUGAUGGAGAAGUUGAUUUCUGCUGUGCAGAGCAAAUUCAAAAGUUGUGAAUCAGCUCCCUCACACAUGCUUAGUCUCUGCCUCUCCCAGAAAAUAAAAUCUCUGCUUCUUGAAGCUACUUCUGCAAACUCCCCAAAGUAGGUGGUUGCCAGUGUAGCUGUUCCUUUGGCUCAUCUCCCCAAUGGCUCAGUGAUGUUGGUCUUUCUGUUGACGAGGCGAUGCAUUUAUCGGUGCUGAAUUUAAAGCAAUUGCACCCACCCUGAUAUUUUUUCUGUACAGACCCUCCUAAGCAACAAGUGUAAAUGUGUCAGUCCCUUUAACGAUAACGACAGUGCACUUUUCUUCCUUAGAAUGAAGUAUACCUGAUAGAUUCUUUUUGUAAAUCCUGGACUGUAUUAUUUAACUAGCAGUGUUGCGGUUUUCACAGUAUGGCAGUAGACCUUCUGAUUCUGAUCUGCUUCUGAGUGGCUGUUUUUUGUUCAUGCUGGAAAACCUUAGGAACCUGCUGGUUGGCUACCCUGUAUAAUGAUUGUAGUCCCUCCUAUGGAUAUUGUCUCUGUAAUGUAUGAUAAAAUGCCAUUCAGUUAGAGUGUCUGAUUGGAUCCUCUGUCAUGUAUGCUGAUGAUGCCAUGUAGAUCAAGCCACUGGUUGGAUGUGGACUCAUCCUGUUGAAUAAAACAGCUUAACUUUUCUCAGAAA